AUGAAGCGCAAGGCUGUAUGCGUUGCUGCUCAAGACGAUUUCGGCGAGUCAUCAUCCGAUGACUUGCAGAUGGUGGCAAAAGUCAAGUUGAAGAAGACACGGGAAACAAAAGUUACAGUGGCGGAAGAGAAUGCUGGAGCCCCACCUGCAGCAGACACUGCACCGGUGUCAUCGCCCAAAAGUGAACCUCGGAGAAGAAAGAAGGAGUUCGCUUGGAUGGAUUCGGAUUCUGAUGAGGACGAGGAGAGGGAUCAGAAGGCGGAUCCAGAUGCAUCCUUGGAUGAGCCAGCGAAGCAGGCUCAGGAACCGUCUGGAAGUGAGGACGAAAAUGCGGAUGUUAGUGCUGGCACUCUGGAUGGUGUGGAGACAUUUGGGAGAAUGAUGGUGCUUGCUCCUGCGUUGCUCAAAAAGCUUCCAAGGAUGCUGCCCGAAGACGCAGCUGCUGCUUGUCGGGCGCUUUCCAGAACCAAGUUUUUCGACAACGACAUUCUCAGGGCAAUGAAUGCCUUGCUGAAGAGGCUCUUGCUGAGAGACAGGCUAAGUGUUGAGCAGGCAGAUGACGUGCUUAGAUGUAUGGCGAGUCUGAACAUCUAUGAUGAGGGUGUGUUCAGUGCAAUCGCCAGACAGAUGAAAGUCCGGACGUCCUCCUUGGAUCAGGCUGUGCGAGGCCAGUGGUAUGACAUCUACAAGGGCUUCAAGCACAGCGGUGACAAGGACUUCUAUCAGCUGCUGGAAGUUCCGCCUCUCAAUGCCCUCAACCCAGGCUACAAAAGGCUGCGGUGUGUUCAUCAUCAGCGCGGCUGCUGCGCAGUCGGGGAGGCCUGCACCUACUCACAUGAUCCACGUGCACCCAUCGAGCUGGAGUCAGCCUUUGCGCGGCCAGUUUCGAAGGUCAUGAUGACACAGACGCAGUCCAAUAUGGGCCGGGAUGUUUCCUUUUGCGAGUUUCAAAGUGCAGGACUUCGCAUCUUGACCAUGGAGGCAGAUGACUUGGACAAUCUCAUCGCUGACUCGUUAACUGGUGUACAGACUGCCUUGGACGACCGCAAGGCAGCUCCCGCAGAAGCCGGACGCAGUGCUGGCGAGGUCGUUAAGCAGCUUACGAAAGAGCUGCCACAAGACCAAUCUUCCCAACCUCCUGGUGAGGAUUUUUUCAAGGAUCUCGUCAAGAGCUUUCAGGACGAAAACUUUCAGAAGGUCAUGGCUGAUGCAUUGCAGCAGGGCUCAACGCCCGCACCCAGCGAGGCAGCGGCAGCUCCAGCAGCUCCAGCAGCAGUAGCAUCUUCAUCACCUUCCACUGAUGCGAGUGAGGAUGUCCUCCAGAAGUUCAUGAAGAGUUUUGAGCAGGCGGCAGGCUCAGACAAGGACUUUGAGAAGUCAAUGUCCACGUUGAUGUCGUCCAUGUUGUCCAGCGAUCUGUUGACAGAACCGCUGCAGCAAAUAGCUGAUAAGUUGGAACCCUAUCUGAAAGAGAAGAAGGGUUUGUCAAAAGCAGACAGGAGUCGGUAUGAGGCUCAGUUGAAGUUGUACAGACAAAUCGUCAGUGUGUACAAGCAGAAUCCAGAUCCUCUUCCAGAUUCUGCAAGGGAUCAGGUGCAACAAAUGCUGAACGAGCUCCAGAAUCUCGGACAGCCACCUGAAGAAGUCAUGUCCCAGAUCGUUCCGCAAGAAGCCACAGAAGGAGCCGAGUCCUUCGAGGACUUCAUGAAGACCAUGGGCCUCGACUCACAACUCGCUGGACCUGAGCAGGAACUGAUCAGGAAGAUUGCCGACGACCCUGAGGAGUUGACAAAAGCGAUGAAAGAAAUGGCUGCAGGAAUGCCAGAGGAGGCCUGCAAGCAGCAAUGA